AUGGCUGAAAAUGAAAUUGAGGAAAUGUUAGAUCACCUAAGAAGGAUCAAGAGUGGAGGUAAUCUGGAUAGCGUCAAGAUUGAUGAAAUUGAGAGACUUGAAAUGGCGCUAAAAUUUUUGAGAACCUUUAUAAAGUAUCAUCAUGUUCUUUUUCGUGAUUCCAUAGUCAAACACAAAAGGAAUGCCAAAUUGACUAUGGCAAAGCUUCACCGGGUAUUGGAUGGGAUUCCAGAUGAAUGUAAAACUAACCUUAAUCUGGAAAGGCUAGAAUCACAUUUGUUGGAAUUCUUGGAACGUAAUACCAUUUUAAGUUACAAUUAUGAGUUGAAUGAUUUUGAUAUGUCAGAAUGCAUGGAUUGCGUUGGAAAGAAUCUAAAUGAUGUACUUUUGUUCUGCCUGGAAUGUGUUAGGUCUGACCAUCCUGAAGAAAACCAUGAAAUACACAGAUUUACAAAGGAACUGAAAGUUGUUCAAAAGAAACUGAGAUUUUUGACAUACUUAUAUGCUACAAAGAUAAAUGUUUACGUCAACCAUGAGAAGCUGGAAUGCUUGGAGACUCGAAUUCAGUUCAUGGCUAACAAUGUGGGACAUUUUUGUCUUGCUAUUUCUGAUGUUGUAAAUGAUAUUGAUGACGAUGACGAUGAGGAUAUGUAUAAUGAUAUCUUGAAAACACCUCCUUAUCUAUUAUUCUUGAUUGUGUUAGUGGAGCUGGAAAUGAAGAAGAUUUUUCUCAAUGAACUAAAGGCUUCAAAGUUUACUCAUUCAAGAACUUUCAAAGACAAGAAAUUACCAAAAGGAUUUUCUCAUCAUCUCCACAAACUGUUGAUGUAUCUCAGAAAAGAAAAGCUCGAGAACUUUCCUGAUGAUGUCUCUGCUCAAAAUAUUGAUGUGGCAAUAGAGUUCUUGUUGGUCUUCCUUGAUGCUGAUGUGUCAAAUCAUGUCAUUAAUGGUAACUGGUUGAAUGAGGUUAUGGAAAAAGUUGGAGCUAUAGCGGAUGAUGUUCUAUAUGUGAUCCAAAAGCUUCUUCCUAGCUCUAUAAACAAAGAUGACACUAGAAAACUAAGUCUUUGCUCGAUACAGAUAUUGGAGAAAACUAAAGAUCUGAAGGCACAAGUGGAGACUUACUACAAAUCCUUAAAAUUCACUCCAUCUCAGUUCCCUACUGUUGGUGGAUUGAACUUUCUGGAUUCUCUUAUAAGGAAACUGAAUGGGAUGUCGAAAUCUGAAUCUGAUUUAGAUUUCCUGAUGAAACCUCUUUUGGGGAAUUUGGAGAAAGAGCUAUCAGCUCUUACAUCCAUUUUAGAGAAGGAUUUGUCAUCUUUAUCAUCCAUUUUCAGAGAUGUCGCCAAGAUGCACCAUGAACAUGAAAUUCUUCAAGAUCUUCACAGGCAUACUAUCAAUUGGGCAUAUGAAGCUGAAGUUGCCAUUGACUCUAUUCUUGCUCAGUAUAAUGUUUUUUGGCAUAUUUUUUGCUCACUUCCUACAAUCUUAAAAGAAAUAAAGCAAAUUAAUGUGCAGGUGACUCAGAUGUGGUCAGCAGACAUUGCUCUUAAGCCUUGCUAUGUGGUAGCACCAUUUGAACACUUGCCAACUCGACAUAUCAAUCCAGUGAUUGAUGAGGAGAUAGUGGGUUUUGGGAAUGACACAGAAAAAAUGCUUCAGUAUCUGAUUAGAGGUACAAAUGAGCUAGACAUCAUCCCAAUUGUAGGCAUGGGGGGACAAGGUAAAACGACAAUUGCUAGAAAGGUGUACAAUAGUGACACCAUUGUUUCUCAUUUUGAUGUUCGAGCAUGGUGCAUCGUUUCCCAAACAUAUAACAGGGGAAAGCUAUUACGAGAGAUUUUUAGUCAAGUUACCGGUUCCAAGGACAAGGAAGAUAAGGAUGACAUCCUUGCUGACGAGUUGAGAAAAAGCUUAAUGGGAAAGAGAUAUCUCAUUGUAUUGGAUGAUAUGUGGGAUUGUAUGGCAUGGGAUGACUUAAGGCUUUCUUUUCCAGAUUUCGGAAAUAGAAGCAGAAUAGUAGUAACAACUCGACUAGAGAAAGUGGGCGAGCAAGUCAAGUACAAUACUGAUCCUUAUUCUCUUCCAUUCCUCACAACAGAAGAGAGUUGCCAAUUGUUGCAGAAAAAAGUGUUUCCAGAGGAAGAUUGUCCGCCUGAACUACAAGAUGUGAGUCAAGCAGUUGCAGAAAAAUGCAAAGGAUUGCCUCUAGUGAUUGUCUUGGUAGCUGGAAUAAUCAAAAAAAGGAAAAUGGAAGAAUCUUGGUGGAAUGAGGUGAAAGAUGCUUUAUUUGACUGUCUUGAUCGUGAGUCGGAAGAAUAUAGUCUGGUGACCAUGCAGUUGAGUUUUGAUAACUUACCCGAUUAUUUAAAGCCUUGCCUUCUUUAUAUGGGGAUGUUUUCAGAGGACGCGAGAAUUCCAGCAUCUAAAUUGAUAAGUUUAUGGAUUGCUGAAGGAUUCGUGGAGAACACUGAAUCUGCUGAAGAUUACUUGAUGGAUCUCAUUAGCAGUAACGUGGUAAUGGUUUCGAAGAAAGAAUAUAACGGUAAGGUUAAAUACUGUCAGGUUCAUGAUGUAGUGCUUCACUUUUGCUUGGAGAAGAGUAGAAAAGAAAAGUUUAUGCUUGCUGUGAAGGGAAAUCGUAGCCAAUUUCAACCUUGUGAUUGGAAGGAACAUCGAGUGAGGUUCAACCAAACACGGAAUCCAAAACACAGAAGCCUUGUGAAUGGAAGGAUAGUCCAAGAGCAUUUCAACUUUGCAUCUCUGAGAUCCAAAACAUGGAAACCUUGUGAUUGGAAGGAAAGCCGACCGAAUCCAAAACACGGAAACCUUGUGAUUGGAAGGAAAGUCAAAGAGCAUUCCAAGUUUGCAUCUCUGGGAUCCAAAACACGGAAACCUUUCCACCAACAGUUGAGGUCACUGAUAACGAACGGAGAAUAUUUUGAUGGGAUUCCCUUCUUUCAGGUUCAUAAAUUGCGACUUCUUAAGGUCUUGGAUUUGAGUUCCCAUAGAGUGUAUAAAUUGUCAGCUAGUUUCAAACCACUAAUUCAUCUGAAGUACCUUGCAGUUUUCGCAAUUAAAUUUGAUUUUCAUCCAGAAUCACAUAUGCCCCAUCUUGAAACUUUAAUCGUGAAUAAUGAUUGGGAAAAUAUAGUAGUGUUACCAACGUCUUUUUGGGAAAUGGAAAAAUUAAGGUAUGUUGAGAUCGAAUAUGCUGAAUUUGAUAAGCAGGGGGUCAUUGAAGGAACCUCUAAAUUGGAAAAUUUGAGGAUAUUAAAGAAUAUCUUUAGAUUUCCAAUUGAUAGUGUGGAUGUGUUAUCAAGGAGGUGUCCUAAUCUUCAACAACUUCACAUCCGCUUCGGGGACGAUAAUUGUUCUGCAGAGUCUUUUUGUCUCACAUUGAAGAAUCUAAGCCAGCUUCAAAAACUUCGCCUUACCUCUAAGUGGCGCCGCACUGUAUUUGGGUUACAAUUGCCUUCAAAUUUAAAGAUGUUGGUACUAAGUGGGACUGAUAUAGGAAGCCUUAUUGCGGGACUACAAAGCCUGGAGUAUCUCCAAUUACAAGAUGUGUAUUUUCCUCCUUCAGAAGAGUGGUGCCUUGGAGAUAUCACGUUCCCUAAACUUAAGGUCUUGAAACUGGCGGCGUCACAUAUUUUGAGGUGGGAUAUCUCAGAGGAAUCUUUUCCCCUGCUUGAAACACUUGUUAUAAGAGGGUGUAAGAAUCUCGAGGAGAUCCCCCUUAGCUUUGCAGAUAUUCCAACACUGAAACAGAUUAAGUUGAUUGACUGCAAUAAAUCUCUGGAGGAUUCAGCUGAGAGGAUUAAGAAAGAUGUUGAAGAGAAUGAAGGAAACGACCGUAUUGACCUCAUUAUCGAAAAUUAUAAUUAGGGUCAUCUGGCAGCUGUGAGUCAAACAUGUACCUGCCUGUAAUCACAACAAUGCAGAAGUACAGCCAAUUGUUGCAGCCAUGCUCAUGCUCAAGUAUAUUGUGCACCUAGAGCUGAAAUCCCUGUCCUUUUUCUGUAUGUUUUAGAUGGUCUUUCACUGUGAUUUCUUGUUGCCUUUGUUAUGCAGCUUUAUUAUUUUACAACCUAUCAAAACAUUGCUUCUUGUUUGGUUUUUUGUAAUAUAAUAGUUGUUUCCCUUCAUCUUACAC